AUGGUUUCCAGCGCUGGCUGGCGCGCCUUGGGGCUGGUCGUUGCUACCAUUGCGCCUGUGGUGCAUGCCGACAUCUGCUCAACCCUUCAACAAGCCGGAAUCGAUAUUGAGUAUCCCCUCACGCUAGACUACUCGAGUGAUCUCACCAAGUAUUGGUCAGCAGCAUGUGGAGACCUGAAGCCGACAUGUAUUGCGGCGCCAUCUAGCGCCGCGGAGAUGUCACAGAUCAUCACAGAGCUGCACAAUGUCGAGACACUGUUUGCUGUCAAGUCUGGUGGACAUAUGCCGAAUAAUGGGUUCGCCAGUAUCGAGGAUGGUCUGCUGAUUUCGACGAAGAACCUCGACCAGGUAUUCUAUAACCCCAAAGACGAGACUGCCGUCAUUGGACCUGGUUUAUCUUGGGAGGAGGCUCAGAAGGGAUUGGACGGUACCGGCCGUGCUCUUGUCGGUGGCCGACUUGGAGGCGUUGGUGUUGGCGGGUAUAUGCUCGGAUGUGGCAUGAGUUUCUUAAGCACCCAGUACGGGUGGGCUGCCAACAACGUGGCCAACUUCCAGGUCGUUCUGGCCAACGGCACGAUUGUUGAUGCUAACGAGAAGGAGAAUACCGAUCUUUAUAAUUCACUGAAGGGCAGCGGUAACAACCUCGGCGUCGUCACCGCGUACACCAUGCAGACACACCCCAUCGACAAGGUCUGGGGCGGCAACUACAUCUUUACAGCCGACAAGACCCCCGAGGUGUUGAAUGCUCUGCGCAACUUCGUGGACGACUACCCCGAUGACAAGGCCGCCAUUAUCUUGACUUCCGAGCACGGCGCGGUUAUUGAUUUCUGGAUCAUGUUCCUCUUCUACGAUGGACCCGAGCCACCGGCGGGUGUCUUUGACGAAUUCACUGCGAUCGAGCACAUCUCCACGACCAAGACCUGGGAUAGCUACUACGAUCUGUUGAAGUACAAUGACAUCUUCAUUCUCCACGGACAACGCUACACCAUCGCGACCGAAACCACCCCCGUCCCCAGCAAGGCCGUGGGCUCUUCCGUGCUGCAGGAGUACUACGACCACUGGUACAACGUAACCGAGUCCGUACUCGCAGUCCCCGGUGUGCUGGGUUCUAUCGCCUUCCAGCCCGUGCCCACAGCCUUCUCCCAGAAGGCCGCAGAGCGUGGUGGCGACCUUCUAUCUGUCCCUACGGACACAAACUACAUCUUUAUCGAGCUCGACUUCUCCUACUCCUUCGCCGCAGACGACGAGACAAUCGACCAAGCCAAUCAGAACCUGUACCAGGGCCUGGGCAACCUUGUCCAAAAGAACAUCGACGAGGGUCGUCUUCCGGACGUCUACCGACCACUUUUCAUGAACGAUGCCUACUUUAGACAGGACUACUGGGGCCGUAUCAAGCCUGAAUCGAAGCAGUAUGCGCUGGAGACUCGGCUGCGGUAUGACCCUGAUGGGUUCUUCCAGACGCGAACCAGUGGUGGCUGGCGGUUGGAACAGUAA